CUAACCAUAGCUCUUACUCUGCAGGAUUAUAUAAGAAAACUGGUAAAUUGGUAUUUCUUGGAUUGGAUAAUGCAGGAAAAACAACAUUACUACACAUGUUAAAAGAUGACAGACUUGGACAGCAUGUCCCGACGCUACAUCCCACUUCAGAAGAACUAACCAUUGCUGGAAUGACCUUUACAACUUUUGAUCUGGGUGGGCAUGUUCAAGCUCGAAGAGUGUGGAAAAACUACCUUCCUGCUAUCAAUGGCAUUGUAUUUCUGGUGGAUUGUGCAGACCAUGAAAGGCUGUUAGAAUCAAAAGAAGAACUUGAUUCCCUAAUGACAGAUGAAACUAUUGCUAAUGUGCCUAUACUGAUUCUUGGGAAUAAGAUCGACAGACCUGAAGCCAUCAGUGAAGAGAGAUUAAGAGAGAUGUUUGGUUUAUAUGGUCAGACAACAGGAAAGGGCAGUGUCUCUCUGAAAGAACUGAAUGCCCGGCCCUUGGAAGUUUUCAUGUGCAGUGUGCUCAAAAGACAAGGCUACGGAGAAGGCUUCCGCUGGAUGGCACAGUACAUUGAUUAACAGCAGUCGGCAUCAGUUCCAGGUCUCACUAUUCAGGCCUACUCAGAGAUUUGAUCACUCAACAUGCAUAACUUGAAUUCAAUAGACUUUUGUUGGUUAGAAAACAGAUGUUUUUUAGAUUAUUAAUAUUCUAUCAACUUAAUUUGAGUGAGAAUUGAAAACUGAUUCAAGUAAGUUUGAAUAUCACAAUGUUAGCUUUCUAAUUCCAUGAAAAUAGUUUUUACAGUUUAUAAUCUGACAUUACCCUCAGCACCAUUUAUAAAGAGCAACUUUCCAGAGUACAUUUGAAGCACUUUUUAACAACAUGAAACUACAAAUAUAAACCAUAUUUAAAAGCUCAUGAUGUUAAAUUUUUUAUGUACUUUUUUGGAACUAGUUUUUAAAUUUUAGAUUAUAUGUCCACCUAUCUUAAGUGAACAGUUAAUAAUUAGCUUACUGAUUGCAUGAUGCCUUAAAAUUUUCAGUAUUUUUUCUUAUGCAAACGUCAUGCAAUAAAACAAACUCUAAUGUUCGUCAUUCUUGUUGGGCAAAUGUUUCAUUGUAAUGUGUCUUACCUAGUUAGUAUGCUCUGAAAUUUGGCCUAUUUCACAUUAUACAUAUGAGGGGGUUGCUGGGAAAGGAGAUUGCUUCAGAAUAUUAGAAUAAUGUUUAAGUCCCAAGAGGCUUUGCAUUUACCAGGAGACAAGUUAUGUUUGGUUAUACCUUAUACCACAUUAAUCUCUGAAUCAUACGUAUUUUUAUCAGUAAUACUACCAUUACCAGUGCUGAUGGGGUCUGUGUCCUGGUCCCUGUCAGAUCGGCCUUCUGAGGAAAAGCACGCCUUCUGGUACAACACAGGGUUCAUUUUUGGUUUGAUAGGCCCAUUCCAGUUGUCUGGUUCUGAAGUGCUCCAGUCUUACUGGCGCCUAGUUUGGUAAUCUGUGCCUCUUCCCCAGGAGUAGUGACAGGCACCAGUCCCCCACAGAUAGAGGUACUCCCCAGUCUCUUCAUACUUAAUGGUACUCACCAGGGCAAGCGACAGGUGGGAUCUUGUGCGCAGUUUCAUCACAGAGGCCUGCAUCUGAGGAAAAAGAAAGGCUGUUCUUCUUCAGUUGUCACUGAGAUAUGUGGGGAUUUUGCUCCUAUCCCAUAGCCCUUUUGCAUUCUUUACCAUAUUUGAUUUCUUGGUGGGAAGAAAAUGAAUUCAUGUAUUUUUCUUUUUUUCUCAGUUACUCUCAACUAGCUCUUACUUUAUAGCACAGACGCUUUUGUUUUUGGAUAUAAUGCUUACCAUGUGAUAGUGUCUACAAGCCUCACUGACAGACUUUCUAAUAAGAUUUUAGUUAGCUUUUUAAAGCAUUUUAAUUUCCUAAGAAAAUUGGGUUCUUUUUUUCCCUGAGAUUUCCAUAAUUAGAUGAAAAACAAGUGCCAAAUAUUUAUUUUUAUAGACUCUCAAGUUUAAGAUUCCUCCCUUGGUUAUAAACCAAGAUUUUAUAGUAUUUAACUAAUUCCAUUGAGAAUAAAUUGCUCUAAUUCCAUCAAAAAUAAUUUUAAUAUCAAAAUUAGUGUUUUCUCUAGCGGUUGCCCAAAUCAGACAGUCCUUUCUGUCAUCAGUAAUAUAACAUGAGGCAAAUAAGGAUUGAGGGAUGUACCUGGAAGGAAUUACCAGUUAGCUAAAUCAACAAGGUUUUUUCACCGUAACAUUUGGUUUUAGGAAUGUAGCUAUUCUGUUCCACUUUCAGCUUCCUUCUAAAUGAAAAUAAAGAAGCCUCCUCCCUGCCUAGAACAUCAGUAGCACUAUGGGUAAAGUAGGAAAUGACAUUUCAGCCUCUUGUUCUAUUCUGCCAGGUAUGUUUAAAGUACUCACUUUAAUGUCCUGACUGAACAGAAUGAAGCCUUAUUAAAAGUAACUGCCUCUCGUUGAUAGUAUCUGUUCUCAGUAUUUACAUGGACAUGCCUUUCUUCAAGUAUUUCCUAGUAUCUAUUGUGAUACUUGAGAAGUUAAUUGUGUUAUAAAUCGGUGUACAGGAAAAAGCUUUCUGGUUUCUCUAGAGGGGAUUUGCUUUCUGGUACGAAAUGUCUUGCUCCAGAACGCUCACUCUAGGUCUGUCACUGGGAUCAAAGAAACAAAAGUCACUUUCUGGACCACAGUUAAACUGUGGAUAUUUUCCCAGUCGUGUGAGAGUCUUAGGGCCUGAACCUCUGGAAAUAAAGCUGCACGUAGCAGCAGCGAGCUUUCCGCCAGCUCCCGGGAAAUGGGACUGACAGUCCCCCAUCCAGCUCUGAGAGCGCCUCAGGCAUAUACCAGGAUCCCUGGUUCUUUCAGGAAAGCAAGUUAAGAGAAGGGCAAGAAGCAGUAGAAGCACAUAUUCUCUCUACGUGCCUGUGCAGGUGUGUGCAUUUGUGGAGUAUUUUUCAGGUAAAUGCUAGUCUGGGGGACAUGGGUUAAUUUUGUACCUCCCACUGCAAAUGGUGAACAUGUAAUUAACACUAUUGUUACAAGACUGGAGUUCAUAUAAAGCAGGAAGUGUUCAAAAUAUAUUUUAGAAUCUUAAGUCCAAAACUCUAAAAAUAUUAGACCUCAGCUGGCUUUUCUAUUUUUAAAGAGACUCUUAACCCCACAUCUGUUUCAGUGACUGCUGGUAUACUUUUGAGUAACUGGUUACAUGGAUGGAUUCCAGUUUAUCUCGGUGAAUUUUUAGAAUUGGGAUUAUAGCAUUUUAAAAUUGUGGCACAGACAUUUCCUAAAGCAGAGGGAAAAAAUAUUCUGCACCAUUGGCUUAGUUGACCCAGCAUCUUUGAGUGCCAAAGAAGUAUGAAUUUAGAUGUUGCCUGCAUAGAUCUAAAUUUUAGUUUUGUGUGCCUGUGUAUGCAUACAAAUAUACUGUGGUUUACAACUGAUACACAGAACAUUGUUUCUUUUCCUUCAUUUUCACCUGGCUCACACUUCUCUACAGUGCUCAUAAACUACUUGUAAAUCAUUAAAAUAGGGUAAUAGCUGUGAUAAUAGUGUUUCUUGCCUUCUGCAAAAUGAUUUGAUUAACCACAUUCAAUUCCAGCAUUUUGGAAAGUUCCAUCAUUAAAAAUAGUAUACUUCUACUUGACAUGAUUUAAGAGUUUCAGGAGACAGGUUUACAUUUUCUGAAACUGUAUUUGGUAUGUGACUCAAUGUGGAAUUUCAGUCUUGUUAGUUAACAUGACUGAAGUUUGCAAGGAUUUAUUGCCAAAUAAAUUUUGACCAGAAUAUAAUGAAAGUAGCUAACAUAAAGGGAAGUCAUUCAGAUUAGCUCAUGUUGAUUUUAUUUAGAAUAUAUUGUUUGGAUCAUUUUAAACAUAUGUAAAACAUUCAAAAAAUCUCCAAGAAAGCAUUAAAAAAUAGAGAUUAGCAAAUAUAAACUUAUUGAUGAAAAAUUAAUAGGGAAUUAAAGGUUUUUUUCUAUAAACCUUUAAUUUUUUUUUAAUUUUUUUUUUUUUUUGCUAUAAAUUGAAGAGUGCAGAAAACUGUAUCUUCAAUUAAGAACUAAAUUCUCAAAGCUAUAUAUUGAUGCUUCUGGUCACUUUAGUCACUGUGCUUCUUUUGAAAUGCACAUUAGUGCUUUAUAACCAAAAAAAAAAAAAAAAAAAAGAAAGAGAAAAAGAAGAGAGAGAGAGAGAGAGAGAGAGAGAGAGAGGAACAAACUCUUGAAAUAUGGAACUGUGCUGCUGUAUAAAGUGGGAUUUUGUUAAAAAACUUGUUUCCACUCCUGAACCCUGCAGCUGUCCCCAUCACAAAGCCCCAGCCUGCUCCUGGAUAAAAGAUCCUGAUUUAAAGGGAACCUGAGUCUACUGAAGAUGCAGUUCUGAGUCAACUAAUUUUUGUCCUCAUAAUUUAGAACAUAAGUAGCUAAUAUAUUUAAUGCCACUGACUGAUUGUUCUAGGCUUUGACCACACUUUUAAACAGAAUCCAAAGUAAUCACAGUAAAGGAAGCAAAUUUAUCGAAGGAAAACUUUGUUUCAGGAGUGCCCCAUCCCAACUAGAUUUGGGGGCAGAAAUGAGAAAGGCUUUUGAGUGAUUUCACACAGAAUUAUUAUCUUUGGAAAAGCUGCACUGGAGUGGAUAAAUUCUUCUCGGUGUGCAUUUUAAAUGAGGAGGAGAUUAGAUUUAAUUUUAGUUUUAAAUAUUUGGAGGUAAAGGAAGGUGAUAAUUCUACAGGUUUUGACAUACAAAUUAUCCUUGAAAUUGUUUUCACUGUCAAGUGUGAAGAUUCACAGCAGAAUGGCCAACUUCACGUGGGUUUCUGGAUUCCCUGGUGCUGCUCCUCACCUGAACUCGUGAUCAGUUUCCAUCCUGAGGCAGGAGCACGCAGGGUGCAUGUAGUCAAGUUAAUUUAAAAGUGAUCAAAGUGUUUUCUGUGGCGAGGCCUUCCUUCAGUAUUUGGCUGAAUGCAGAGUAUGUUGAAGUGGUAAGUUGGUGAUAAGUUUUUCAUCACUAACCUUGUUUGCACUUUUGUACACCACUGCUUGCACUAGCAUCUUAGUGUGAAUUUUAACAAUUGUUUUACAGUGUAUACAGAUGGUUAAGCAUUAAUUUAUAUGAAGAUAUUUCUGUUUACCUUUAUGUAUUUUACAGCUACAAUAGAUGGUAAAAUGUUCUUGAAUUGUGUUUGUAUGUUAUUUUGAUUAUGUUCUAUUAUCUUUUCAUCCCCUAUGAAUUUGAGUGUCAGGAAUAGAAAAAUAAAAUGCUUACUUGGUCUUUGAAA